AUGACCUCGUGCUCUGCUCCGCAGCUGGACCCCGACAACACGGGCUUCAUCGGUGUGGAGACCUUCGCCAGCCUUGUGCACAGCCAUGAGCUGCCCCUGGACCCCGCCAAGCUGGACAUGCUGGUGGCCCUGGCACAGGGCAACGACGAGGGCCAGGUCUGCUAUCAGGAGCUGGUAGAUCUGGUCAGUGCCAGGGCGACAUGGGCUGGGCUGGGAGCGGAGGGGAUGGGGGCUGUCCCAGGGCCGAGUUGGCUCGACGAGACCGGCCUGGGCUUCUACAAGCGCUUCGUCCGCUAUGUGGCCUAUGAGAUCCUGCCGUGCGAGAUGGACCGGCGCUGGUACUUCUACCAGCACCGCACCUGUCCCCCGCCCGUCUUCAUGGCCGCGGUCACACUCACCCAGAUCCUUGUGUUCCUGUGCUAUGGGGCCCGGCUGAACAAGUGGGUGCUGCAGACCUACCACCCAGAGUACAUGAAGAGCCCCCUGGUCUACCACCCUGGGCACCGGGCGCGCGCCUGGCGCUUCCUCACCUACAUGUUCAUGCACGUGGGGUAA